AACAUGAAGAUCCAAAAAAUUAACGGACACACUACUGAUCCCUUAACCCUAACCCAAUCCUGUGGGUUUGAGGUUUAAGAACGAGCUCUUGGUUUCUUAGCUUACACCAUCCAAAACCUAUACCUCAAUUUUUAAAUUUUCAGUGACAAACUUGUAAAUCUCAUGUUGGAGGGUUGCGUGUAUGUGUGCCAUGGCUAAUGCGAUUCUCAAGAAUUCUUGCGAAGGCAUCGUUGAUGCUGUCUACAAGCUGUAUAAAGGAGACUUCCAGGUAAGCAGAGAUACUUAUGCUUUUGUUUUGCAAGGAUGUGCCAGAGCUGACUCUCUAAUACGAGGAAAAACUGCUCACACCCACAUUAUUAAAACUGGAUUUGGGGAAGAUAAAUUCCUAGGAAACCACCUUCUAAACAUGUAUGCUAAAUGCGACAACAUUGUAGAUGCACGACAAGUGUUUGACAAAAUGCCUCAACGAAAUGUUGUUUCCUGGACUGCAUUAAUUGCGGGAUGUGUUCACACUGGGUAUGCUGAGGAAGCCCUUAAACUGUUUGAACAAAUGCAAUUGGAGGGCGUGAGAGCAAAUGAUUUCACCUUGUCUAGCGUUAUCAAUGCCUGCUCAAGCCUUGGGAAUCUUGAAAUGGGAAAGUGUGCUCAUGGCGAUGUUAGGAAAGCUGGAUUUGAAUCCAAUCUUGUUGUUGGCAGUGCUCUUGUUGAUAUGUAUGCGAAAUGUGGUAGUUUGAAAGAUGCACGGGAUGUAUUUGACAAAAUGCCCGAACGAGAUGUUGUGUCGUGGACUUCAUUGAUUGCAGGAUAUGCUGAGAAUGGAUGCGGUGAGGAGGCGUUGGAUUUGUUUGUUAAAGUACUUGAAGAAGGCCUAAAGCUAGACCAAUUUACCUUCGCCAGUGUUCUAAGGGUUUGUUCGCGUAUGGCAUGUUUGGUACAAGGCAAGCAAGUCCAUGGCUACAUUAUAAAAACUGGAUUUGAAAGCAAUUCAGUGAUGGGGAGUGCACUUAUUGAUAUGUAUACUAAAUGCGGUGAUACAGACCAUGCACUCAUUGUGUUUAACAAGAUAUCGGAGCAGAAUGUGGUCUCUUGGACUACAUUGAUUGCAGGAUAUGCCCAACACGGGCUAAGCAAGGAAGCCCUGCAACUAUUUGAAAAAAUGGUUGGAGCGGGCAUUGAACCCAAUGAUAUCACUUUUGUAGCAGUCCUGAAUGCAUGUUGUCAUGUAGGCCUUGUGAAUGAAGGGUGUCAUUACUUUGAUUCCAUGACCAGCAAGUAUGGGAUCAAUCCUACUGAACAACACUACACUUGCAUGGUUAACCUUCUUGGCCGUGCUGGCUGCUUAAGCGAGGCAGAAAAAAUUAUAAACAAAAAUCAGAUCAAGCCUAUUGGUGCUAUGUGGGGGGCCUUGCUUAGUGCCUGUAGAACUCAUGGCAAUACAGAGCUAGCAAAGCAUGCUGCAGAUCGCCUCCUUGAAUUGAAACAUGAAGUGGCAACAACUUAUGUAGCUUUGUCAAAUGUAUAUGCUGCUGAUGGAAGGUGGGAUGAUGUAGCUAAAGUAAGGAAUUUGAUGAAACAAAGAGGUGUGAAAAAGCAGCCUGGAUGUAGUUGGAUUGAAAUAAAGGGAUGCAUGCAUGCAUUUUUGGUGGGGGACAGGGGGCAUCCUCAACAUGAACAGAUAUAUGCAAUGUUGGAGAAGUUAAUUGGGAGGAUGAAGGACGCAGGGUACGAACCCAAUACAAAUCUUGUGCUUCAUGAUGUCGAGGAAGAACAGAAAGAGAUUCUUCUGUCCUAUCACAGUGAAAAGCUGGCCAUUGCUUUUGGACUAAUGAGCACAAUCCCAGGUAAAACAAUCCGGGUCCUGAAGAAUCUUCGAGUGUGCAUUGACUGCCACAAUGCUAUCAAAUUUGUCUCUAAGAUUGUUGACCGUGAAAUCAUUGUAAGGGAUACAAACCGGUUCCAUCAUUUCAAAGAUGGAUCCUGCUCUUGUAAUGAUUAUUGGUGACGACAACUUUUAUGCGGCAUAGCUAUCAAGAUCAUUCAUAUCA